UUUGCUUGCCUCGGCUCCCUCCCCCUUUCCUCCUCCCUGGAUUCGGGCGACCAGGCCGAGAAAAGCAGCAGUGAGAGAGAGAGAGAGAGAGCAAAGCAGCCAUAGAGAGAGAAGGAGAAGAAGAAGAGAGAGGGAUAAAAGGAGAAGCUUCAGCUCACAAACAACAAGCCUCUCUCUCUCUCUCCAUUUCGUUCUCUUCCUCCUCCUCCUCUUCUUCUUCUUCCCAACGAUGUCCUAGCUACUAUCUAGCUUCUAUUGUAGCAGUGCAAGUAGAGGAGUGCUAGGCUGCCACUGAGCCAGUCGCCCAAUCUGAGCUCCUGCAUCGUAGGGCUGAGCCUAAGGUGGCGGUGGCUACAUUGGCAGGAGAGAUCGAUCCUCUGGACUGUACCGUCAAAAACCCCAAUCUUUGGGUGGCCGGUGAUCUGGCUGAUUUGGUCCAAGAUUUGGGGGCCAGAAUCCUGCGUUUUGGAGGUGAUUUUGGUCUUGAUUUGAGGUUUCUUGCCGCCAAGAUCGCGGCCUGGUAGAUCCCUCUUGCUGGCUGCAGAGGUGUGUCUUGUGCCCUUGUGGAGAAGGAGCUAUGAGACAAUGAGGGAAGAGAGCACCAAGAAGAGCAAGCUUUCAUGGUCCAAGUCCCUCGUGAGGAAGUGGUUCAACAUCAGGACCAAGGCGCAGGACUUCCAUGCUGAUUCUGAUACCAGCCAAGGUAGGGAUGGUGGUGGAGCAGGGAGGGCCAGCUUCUCAGCGAGCUCUGCAAGCACAAGCGCAGCCAAGAAAAGCAGAACAGACCGGUCGUCGUCCAAGCGGAGUGCCGAUCGCGUUCGCCGAGGGAGGAAUGAUUUCGAUCUAGCACGCCUGACAGAGGUUCAAGAUUACAGAAUCUUUGCCGCGACGUGGAAUGUCGGUGGCAAGUCCCCACCCAGGGGGCUAAAUUUGGAUGAGUGGCUUCACUCUUCUCCUCCCGCUGAUAUCUACGUGUUAGGAUUUCAGGAGAUUGUCCCUUUGAAUGCUGGAAAUGUUCUUGGCACCGAAGAUAAUCUUCCAGCAAAGAAGUGGGUGUCUCUUAUUAGGAGGACAUUGAAUAAGAAUCCUGGGGCAAGUGGUUCUGGUGUCUAUCAUACACCAUCACCAGUCCUCAAUCCAGUUGUAGAACUAGAUGCUGAUUUUGAGGGGUCUGCAAGAAGGCAGGAGAACUACUCAUUCUUUCAUCGCCGAUCAUUCCACAAUCUCAGCCGUAGUUUAAGAAUGGAUGCAGACUACAUGUUCCCACAACCAAAGUUGGACCGAAGGUUUAGCGUUUGUGACCCAGUCAGCUUGGGAGGUAGACCAAGUGACUUUGAUGGUAAUUUGCGGUGGAUUGGGUCACCAGAUGAGGAGAACAUCGAUGAGGAACUUUGUAAUGCCGCACAACUUUCUCCACUUCCUUGUAGCUGCAAUACAUCAGCACCAACUGAAGAUCACGAUGUGCAAGAGCAACCCAAUGGAUCAAGGUAUUGCUUGGUUGCCAGCAAACAAAUGGUUGGCAUUUUUCUCACUGUUUGGGUGCGCAAUGAAAUAAGAGAUGAUGUGAGAAACUUAAAAGUUUCUUGUGUGGGUAGAGGGCUGAUGGGUUAUCUUGGGAAUAAGGGCUCUAUAUCAAUAAGCAUGUCUUUGCACCAGACAAGCUUCUGCUUCAUAUGCUGCCAUUUGACCUCAGGAGAAAAGGAAGGGGAUGAAUUGCGGAGGAACUCUGAUGUUAUGGAAAUUUUAAGGAAGACACGAUUUCCACGGGUUCGUGGUUCUAAUGAUGUCAAGUCACCUGAGACGAUUCUUGAGCAUGACCGUAUAAUAUGGCUUGGGGAUUUGAACUAUCGUAUUGCCCUGUCCUAUUGUUCAGCAAGAGCACUUGUUGAAAUGCAUAACUGGAAACAAUUAUUAGAGAAAGAUCAGCUUCGAAUACAACAGAGAUAUGGGCGAGUUUUUCAGGGCUGGAAAGAAGGAAGGAUUUAUUUUCCUCCCACAUACAAGUAUUCAUUUAAUUCCGAUCGUUAUGCCGGAGAGGGCAUGCAUCCCAAAGAAAAGAGAAGGACGCCUGCAUGGUGUGAUCGCAUCCUCUGGUACGGUAAUGGCCUCAACCAGCUGUGUUAUGUUCGUGGGGAGUCUCGCUUCUCCGACCACAGGCCAGUGUACAGUAUUUUCAUGGCAGAAGUUGAUAUUGUACACCACAGGAGGAAAAACAUGGGAUAUUUCAGCUCAAGAAUUGAGGUGGAAGAGCUUUUACCACAUUCACAGAGCUACCGAGAAAUAAACUUUAACUGAUUUUGAGUUGUCAGAAUGAUGUAAGAUUAGGUACUUGUCGAAAGUACACCAUGUAGGGUUCAAGAAUCAGCUCAUUAGGUGAUCAAAUAUACUCAAGCAAGAAUGUGCAAAUGCUAACUUAAAGGGUAAUGGGCAAUUUUGCAGGCAACCAUUUCAAUGGAGAAGUAAUCCAGCCCAUGCCACUAACUAUACAAUCAAGCCAGCUUUAGCCUUAGUUUCUCUGAAAAAGCUAUUACUUCCUUUUUUUUCUAGCUUUUUAUCAGUUUAGAGUGUCAAUAAACACCAAUAUAUUAUUUUCCCUUUCCCUUUGGAAGCUUUGUAAACCAGCUAGUGUAUCCCAUGCAAGUUGUGGAAUUAUUGUAGUAAAACAUGACACUUAGCUUUAGGAUGACUGUUCCUAGGCUGAGGGAGGAAUGAUGAUGAGUAUGAGAAGCUUGCACAGUUA